AUGUCCGCUCUUCCCACCACCUCGUCCGUCGCAGUGUAUUCGUUGGCUCCCUCGGCGUCGGCAUCUACAUCCGCAGAAGCCAUGUUGCAACAUCCAGACUCGAUGGACAAGUCUUCCGACCUUCCUCCUAUGCCCGUCCCGUACGAAGACUUUCACUUCUCUCUCGACCUGCCCGCUGAGCUUGAUCUCAAUGACCUCCAAUUCCUCAGCUCCGUCGAUCGCAAGGGGGGUCCAUCAAAUCCUAUGACACCAGGUCUCACUUCCCAUUUCAUGGCCUCCACACCGCAGGCCCUCAACUUUGGCCAUGACGACGUUCACAUGGCUAGUAGAUCCAACAGCCGCAGGGGAAGCCUCUCAAAAGGCAGCAGGCCAGCGUCGCCCAGAGUCGGCUCUUCACGCUUCUCGGAAUCUGCCUUGAGGCCCCCGCCACCUCCCGAUUUUGAGCCCUCAAGACCCAACAUGUUUGAUACCGACGCCUUUGCAAGCGGCACCUUCUCGCCUUUUGGCAUUGGUACUCCCUCAGCUGGCGACAAACCAUCUCACAACAAUCCACUCUUUGAUGCAAAGGAAAAGAAUCUGCUUGUCAACUUCUUGGAAGGCUUUGAAUGGGACUUUGAUCCCAGCCUUCCCGAGGGCAUGCCGAGUUUCUCAGCAGCCGCCGCAGACAGAUCGGCAACAGCAGCUGCAGAGGCCAUGGGCUUCCCUUCAGACUCAGGCUCCGCAGCCGCCUCUAGUCGAGACCCCAUGCUUCACCAAGGUCCAGCUAUGUCGGCCGCAGCACGACGAUUGCAGACCCGCACAAAAGCAGCGGCAGGCGUCCCCUCUGCAUCUUCCGGUUCUAAUUCGGGUUCGGUGACCGCCUCUUCGCAAAGCCCUCACGACACUUCGUCUUCUGCCACGUCGCCACAUGGUUCCAAUCGUAGUCAACAGCAUCCAAGAUCACUCAGCAACACCAAGUCGCGUGCUUUCCACCGUGAAGCAGAUCUGGUCAACACAGCCUUUGGUGGCGCUUUGUCCGAAUGGUCUUUGGGAGCUCCGGCAUCACAUCAGCCGCCAGCUUCACAACAACACGCCAUUCACGACCACUCUGCGACAGGCAGCAAACGCCAUGCCGGCCACUUUGGCGACGGUGAUGCAGACGAGCAGACUCAGGCCGCACUAGCCCUUGGUUCGCUCACUGGCAUGCACGCAGAAAUGUUCCGAAUGAGUGCCGGCCUCGAUAUGGUGGCGCACAGUAACAACCCCACUCAAGCCCCGGCCUCACAACCUCCACGUCCCGCCGCUAAAUCCGCUUUGAUCGCCAAGAGUGCGUCCGGCAAAAAGCUCAAGGUAGAACACGAGGACGAGGAAGACAGGCUUGAUCGAACUGAUAGCAGCGCACCCAGCAAGCGCGAGCUGCUUACCGAGUCUGAGAAGCGUCAGAACCACAUUCUAUCGGAGCAGAGGCGAAGAAAUUACAUUCGGGAAGGCUUCAAAGAUCUCGUCGUUUUACUGGAUGAUGGGCGCAACUUUGGUGCUCGGGCAUUGGGUCUUUCUUCCGGCUUUGGCACAGGGGUGGAGGACGAAGGUCUCGACGAUCGAUCCGACAUUGACGAUGUGGUCGACGUGCUCUCUGUUGGGAGGAAGAAGCCUCCCAAGAAAACCAAGAAGGCGGGUCCCGAUGGAGUACGUCAGCGCGGCAAGGGAAGAGGUCGCGGAGGCAGUGCCGGAGGAGGCGCUGGUUCCAAGAGUGCCGUUCUGUUCCAGGCCGUCGAUCUCAUCCGAUGGCUGGACGGAAAGAGCAAGGAGCUCACACAGCAGUGCGAGGCUCUCGAACAGGUGGCAGGGAUUCCUGACCCCGAGAGUAUUGUCGCUGCUAACCGCCCAGCCAGUGCUGAGGCUGCCAACUAA